AUGUCUUUUUAAGUUUAUAAACCUUGCAAUUAAACAUAAAAUAAAGAAGAAUAUAUUUGUACAAAUAAGUAGUGUUUGGCUGAUCAUAAAAAGUAGUUACAUUGUUACCCUUGUUUAACAAAAUUACAUCGGGAUAAAAAAUAGAAAAUUUCUCAUCUUGAUGAUUUUAUGGAAAUGUCAUAAAUAAUGUUAAAAGUAUUUUAAAAGAAAGAGCAAAGAACAUUAUUUUUAAAUUAAAUUUAGCAAAAAGCUAUUGACUUUUAGAAGGAGAAAGUUCAAUACAUAUAAAAAUAUCCAUUUCAUUCAACAGAAUAUUUAGAGGAAAUAGUUUAAAAAGUAGAGAAUGAAAUAACAAAAUUUAUAAAUUAUUUAGGAGGUUAGUAAUAGUUGAUGAAUAAGGUUCAAUUUUAUAAUUAAGAAAAUCACAAUGUUAUAUUUGAUUUGUUUCAUUCCAAUGAAAAUCAAUAUAAUUCAAAUAUUUAAUAGAAACUUUAUGAAUUAUUUACAACUGUGAACAAAUUCCUUCAAUAAAAAGAUCUUAAUGUCUAUGAAACUUUAUAAAAGUAUAUAAUUAUAAUAUUGACUUGAUAGCUAAAAGAAAAAAUUUUAAGCAUUGGAAGAAAAAGUUAUAGCUUUAGAGAGACCUUUCAAUAUCAAUAAGUUACUAAAAUUUACAUUUAUCAUUAUUUUGAUGCUUUUAUUCAGUAACUUUAUUUUUUAAUCGAAUAAUUCUAGUGGAAAUGUAGUUUUGAAGGAUGAAUAAAAGUUGAUUGAAUAGAUUAAAUAGACAGUAUAAGAAUAAAUGACUCUUUUGUAAUUAGAUACAAAAAAUUAAAUUGAAGAAAUGAAAAAUAAGUGGUUUGAAGAAAUAAUCAAAGAUAUAGAGUACAUAAAAUUAUUUAAUUAAAAAUUAAAAAUAGAAAUAUUAGAAUUAUAAAAAAGUUAUAAAGAUCACUUUAAUGCAUAAUCUUUAAUUAAUAAUAAUUAAAAAAUAUAGAUUGAAAAUUUAGAAUAAUAAUUUUAGAAUCAAACUUAAAUGAUUUUUAAUUUAGAUAUUAAAUUUUAAAAUUAUUCAAAAGAUAAGUAUUAAUUUUAAGAGAAAAAAGAUAUAAAUACAAGAGAAAUUUAGGCUUAAAUCUUAGAAACAAAUGAAUAAGUUAAGGAAGCCAAUUUAAAGUUUUAAACAGCAUUAGAAGAAGUGAGAAAAUUUGUAGUAGAAAAAAUAGAAAUUAAUCGUCAUUAUUAUAAUGCUUAAUUGGAAUUAUUAGGUAAAAUUCAUAUGGAUUUUCCUUUCAUAUUAUUGACUGGAUUCAAACGAUAUUAUUUAAAUGAUUUUUCAAUUAAAUUUACCUAUGACAAAAUUAAUAACAUUUAAUAGUAAUUGAACCACUAAGCAAUAGUAUGUAUUGGUGGUAUAGAUAUGAAAUAACCAGAUCGUUUUGUUUUAAUGGCAUGUGAUUAUGCUUUCGAAGUAUUUUAAGAAACAAUCAGUAAAUCAAAGGCAAGAAAAAGCAGAAGCAGCAAUGAAUUAUAUUGGUAUUUAGUAAGGAAUCACUCGAUAGGAUUUUCUCCUUCAGAAACAAUUGAUCUUAGAUAAACAGAUAGUCAUGAUGUUGAAGAUACUAAACGAUUCAGUCAUCUUUUAGAUCAUCCUCAUGGAGGAGGAAGAAGAAUAGGAAAUCAACUCACAUUAGCAUAUUCAACUGAUCAUGGUUUUGCAAUCUUUGCUAUUAAUUGA